AUGAUGGACACAACCAUCGACCAGAGCGCAGCGUCAGGACUAUCCUUCACGGCACUUUGCUCUGUGCUGAAGGCCGUUGAGGCCACAAACCAGAAUGAUAUGAAACUCAAUCUUAUAUUUAGUGCAAAUUUGCGUGCCCAGGUGGGUGAAAGUGAUCUGUAUCCGCUCAUUCGUCUUCUGCUGCCCCAACUGGACCGCGAACGCACGUACAUGUUAAAGGAAAAGAAGAUUGCAAAGAUAUAUAUUGACGUUCUUGGGUUAGCACCAAUAAGCAAGGAUGCACAAAAGCUCGAGCACUUUAACGAUCCCAAAAUUGUAGAUAGCAAGUCUGUAGGAGACUUCGCCGCCGUUUUAUUUGAUGUCGUACUCUAUCAAGGCGCAGGGGCUAAAUCUAAGAAGCCACACACUUUGGGAGAUGUUAACGAUUUGUUGGACCAAUUAGUGCGAGCAGACACGAUAGCAGCUCGAAAGAAGAUGUUUAUGAAGAUUGCGACAGAAUACGCUGCUGACGAGCAGAAGUGGCUUAUUCGUGUGGUGCUUAAAGAUCUGAAGAUAGGACUUAGACACGAACGCGUCUUGAGUUUCAUUCACCCAGACGCACUGGAAAUGUAUAAUCAUACAAACGAUCUGCAUAAAAUCUGUCGAGAGCUACGCAAUUCUGCAGUGAGGUAUGUUCCUCAGCUUGAACCCUUUCAAGUAUUUACGCCAAUGCUGGCAAAACGUGUGGACUUUGGAGAAUGCAUCACUGCAAUCAAUGCUGAUGCAUUUGUCAUGGAGCCGAAACUAGAUGGAGAGCGAAUAACAUGUCAUGUUCGAGAAAAAGAAGUGCAGUUUAUAUCGAGGAACGGAGUAAAUUACACAGAAGAUUACGCGCCAUCAAUUAAGCCGCACGUGUUGUCACAACUGGAGCCCGGAAUUGAUUGUAUUUUAGACGGAGAGAUGAUGGUGUGGGACAAUACAGAGUAUCGUUUGCGUGAAUUUGGAUUAUUAAAAAAUACAGCGAUUGCAGUGCGUAAAGGUGAAGCAACAAAUCGAUGGUUGUGCUACAUUGUGUGGGAUGUAGUUUACCUUGGUGGAGGCCCGAAAGCCGAAGCACUGAUUCGUGAAGUUUUUAGGGGUCCGGGCGAAAUUGCUGCUGUAAUGGGGUUGCCGCUCCAUGCGCGACGUAAAUUGCUGCUCCGGAUUCUCAAACCAUUAGAUAAUCGAAUUAUUAUCAUCGAGCAGAAGCUGGUUAAUGAAAUGUCUGCUAAAGAAAGGCAUGACAGGGUUAUGGCGGAGGUUGAUGCACAGAUAGCCAACGGAGGUGAAGGCGUCAUUAUAAAAGAUCUUAAAGCGCAUUACAUGUGCGGAGAAAGCAGUAGGAAGGCGAAGAAGUGGUUGAAGCUGAAGCCAGAUUACGCUGGUAUGACUACCGACCUAGAUACAAUCAUUGUUGGUGGAUUUUAUGGCACUGGAAGACGACGAAGUGGCAACGUAUCAGUCUUUUUGUUGGGUGUUCUUGCUCGUUCGUUGGAUGAAAAGGGUGCGGCAGAAGUGAUGAAGUCAGGUGCGGUUUGUCCAGGAGUAUAUACAUUUGCUAAGGUGGGUACUGGGUACAACUUGGAGGAGCUUGAACAAAUGCGACAAGAAUUGGCACCUUAUUGGCAGCCGUGGGAUGAUAACAAUAUUCCACAACAUUUAAACGGCUGGAAACCACAGAAGAGCGACUUGAGACCAGAUGUUUGGAUCGACCCACGACGUUCUAAGAUUCUUGAAGUCUACGGAUUCGAGUUGUCAUUCACGACAUUAUACCAAACUGGGCUGACAAUUCGAUUCCCUCGUUGCAAAGCCAUUCGCAACGACAAAGAAUGGUAUCAGUGCAUUGAUCUUCAAGAUUUGAAUGCAGCACGUGGAAGCCUUUCAACCAAACGCGCUUCAGAAGUAGCUCUUGGGGAAAAAAGUUUGCCAAAACGCAUUAAGAAGCGCGAAACUAUCUCGAAAUGGCGACCCAGUGGCGUCCUCGAAGAUUACUCGCGGGCUGAAUUGGAGGGUAUCGAGCUAGAGCGCAAUGUUUUCGAAGGAAUGCAGUUUUGCGUGGUACCGGGAAAGUAUCAAGUGCCACCGCUUGAGCUAAAGUUGUCGCUUCCAGCGAUUAUAAAAGAGAAAAAUGAUUUGCAUAUAACGAAACAGGGUGUCGAAAAGCUAUUACAUUUGUUUGGGGGUAUCGUUGUGCAAAAUCCAAUUGUCGGGUCUACGCAUUUUGUUGUCGCCUCUGGAGACGCUGGUUUGAAGGUUGCGAAUUUAAGAAAACAGGGGCUCUUUAACAUUGUGCACAUUCGAUGGGUGUUCCAAUGUGUGUCAGCCUCACACUUGGUGCCCAUUAAGGCAACAGAUUAUAUAUUCACAACCAAUAUACAGCGAGAACUACUAGCAAAGGAAUAUGAUCGGUACGGAGAUCACUUCACGGAACAUCUCAGUCCGGGCAAUUUACGACAAAUUUUGCGUGAGCUGUCAAUGUCGACCGAAGACGAUGUUUUAAACGUUCCGUGGCAGCUUAAAUUGAAAUAUUUGGCGAUAGAGGAAGCAGAAGCGAUGGAUAGUGCUUUCACUUUUUUAUCUCACUGUGUUGUUUACUUUCAGAGCAGCGCUCCGUCAUGUUUGAACGAGAACGAAGAUUCUGACUUUCUGUUAGUAGGGCAAAUGAAACUAUUUGAGCAGCAGCUCAGACUUUACGGAGGCAUAAUCAGCGGCACAAUUGACUCUUCUGUCACCCAUGUAGUCGUUGCUGACCCAGCUCAAGUAAAGCAAGUUGCACCUCUCAUUCGGAACUUGCGUCAUCAAGGCCUGCCUGUGCCUCCUGUUGUCUCGAGGGAAUGGGUUAAAAACUGCGUCGAGCAAAAGUGUCAACUUCCUGUGAACGAUUUCGUCAUGCACUUGUAA